AUGGGCAAAGCAUUGAUUGUUGUGGAUGUUCAGCUCGACUUCCUGCCUCCAGACGGCUCCCUCGCCGUGGCCGCGGGUGAUGAGAUAGUCGACCGCAUUGCAGAGCUCGUGAAGGACCCGCGCUGGUGCGUGGUCGUCGCGACGCAAGACUGGCACCCUGUGGAUCACAUUUCGUUCGCCAAAAACCACGGCCUACCGGAGUUCAGCUCCUACCAGUACGUCUCACCCGUAGACCGACACGAGACCCAGCAGGCCACACUGUGGCCUGUGCACUGUGUGCAGGGGACACCGGGCGCAGAGCUGGCUCCCGCGUUGAGCGAGAGCCUCCAGUCCCUUGAAUGCGACCACCACACCGUCAAGAAGGGCUACAUCUCCGACCGUGAGUACUACUCGGCCUUCAACGAUAUUUGGAACGACCACCGCACUGAGCUGGAUGGUCUCUUGCGGAAGCACGGUGUUAACGAUGUAUUUGUCGUCGGACUCGCGCUCGACUACUGCGUCAAAAACACAGCUCUCUCUGCUGCGGCUCUUGGCUACAGGACCACCAUUCUGCAAGACUACACCCGUGCAAUCGCUUCCGACUCCAAGUCCAUGUGCAAUUUGAAGCAGGAGUUGGUUCAGAACGACAUCACGCUUAAGUGA